AUGUCCGCACACUCGACACCGGGCAAGGCGCCGAAACGGCUAACACUCACACCCGGUCCCCGGCCACUCCAUCUCGGGACAGGCAAUGCUCUCGGCUCGCCAUUGGCCAGUGCACCGUUACCUCGGCGGAUGGGAAGUGUUGCGUACGGUCGGGAUGACAUGCGGCUGGGGUUCGACGACGGCGUAGUCCGUCCGGGACUUUCACGAGGCGGGAGCUUACGGGACCACGAAGGCCGAAGAGGGAGAGGACAUGCGAGCACUUCGAGUAUCGGUGCGAGCGAGGGUGUAUUGGAACGGGCACAACGAGAGGCGAUUGAGCGUAAGCGGAGGAGCGCGUCUGCUCUGGACGACAAGGACGACAGAGACCAGCCGCCCCCAGUUCUCACAUUGACCGAAAAGCACAAGGAUCUCCUCCAUUUUAUCGCCCAAAAAGAAGCCAAAUGCGUCGAACUCCGUUCCCAACUCGCGACACACGAAGCCGACCUCUUGCAGCUCAAAAAGAAAUGGGAAAAGAUUGUGGCAAAGGGGAACGAUCGGCAGGCUUCGCGGGCAAGUGCGGGCAACGGUGCUGUGGAUCUCGUGCGGGGUAUAUUUGGGCUCGGGGAAAUCGCGUUGCCCCCUAGUCCCACACAACCCAUUCAGUCAUCCCCUUCACCCAGUUAUACCUCUUCGCCCAGUCCUGUCAAGGGAAACAGGCCACCACUUACUCCUGCUUCAAGAGGUCACUUGUCACAUACCCCCCAUUCAUCGAUAUCGACAGCAACGAGCACGCGAUAUUCGCUGUCGUCCGUAUCUUCGUUUGCUGGUGUCGAGCAACUCAAGGAAAAAGACGAACCACGCGUUGUAGAUGCUGAGGAUGACGAUCCAGACGCGUGGGGUCCAUUCGAAACCGCCGAGCCCGAGCCCAUCCGACUGAGCGGACCCGCCAUGAGCGCAUUGGGACUCAGUGGAGUUGAGAAGAUUGGGGAAAGGAGGACUUCCUUGGCGAAUAAGCGAGCAUCCUCGUUCAUGUCUGAUUCUUUCCCAUCUCUUUCGAGGCAGAACAGUACCCCUAUUCGAGCAAGCCCUACACCUCCGAUGAAGUUGACUUCGCCUCGGUCCAAGAAGCCGAGUGUUUCUCCUAUCUCGACCUCGCAUUCGACUCCAGCCCAAAGAAUCUCCUCGGUCUCUUUAAUAGACGAUGAUGACGGAACGUCGGCCACUCUCGGGGCCGUCUUGCAACCCAGCACCAGCACAACACACAAUGCCCAACUUGCCUCUGACGCUGCGAGCGUAAACACAGCAAACGACGCAUUCGGUGAAGACUGGAACUGGUAG